GUUUAUCAAGAGUUACAAGAAAUUUGGUGGCCCACUUGAAAGGUUAGAUGCUGUAGCUAGAGAUGCUGAGCUAGUUGAUAAAUCUGAGACAGACCUUAGACGUCUGGGAGAACUUGUACAUAAUGGAUGCAUUAAGGCUUUAAAGGACAAUUCCUUUGGACAAGAAAGAGCAGGUAAACUUGGGAAAGUUAAAGGCCCGACAUUCCGAAUAUCAGGAGUGCAGGUGAAUGCAAAGCUAGUAAUCUCUCAUGAAGAAGAGUUGGCACCAUUGCACAAAUCCAUUCCUUCAGAUCCAGAAGAAAGGAAAAGAUAUGUCAUCCCAUGCCACACCAAGGCAGCUCAUUUUGAUAUAGAUUGGGGUAAGGAAGAUGAUUCCAAUCUGUUAAUAGGUAUCUAUGAAUAUGGCUAUGGCAGCUGGGAAAUGAUAAAAAUGGAUCCUGAUCUCAAUUUGACACAGAAGAUUUUACCUGAUGAUCCAGAUAAGAAACCCCAGGCCAAGCAGUUACAGACCCGUGCAGAUUACCUCAUUAAAUUACUGAAUAAAGACCUUGCAAGAAAAGAAGCACAAAGACUUACUGGUGCAGGCAAUUCAAAGAGGAAGAAAACAAGAACUAAGAAGAAUAGAGCAACAAAGGCUGCAAAAAUUAAAGAAGAAAUAAAAAGUGACUCCUCAUCACCACCCUCAGAAAAAUCUGAUGAAGAUGAUGAGAAUAAUGAGGAUGAGAUUAUUUCAGUGAAACAUCCACAUAAAAAAAUAAAAGCAGAAAAAGAAAAUGAAGAAAAGCCUGAGCCAGAUAUUGGUAUAAAGAAGGAAGCUGAAGAAAAGAGAGAGACAAAAGAAAAUAAGAGGGAUUUGAAAAGGGAGAAAAAAGAAAAAGAGGAUAAGAAAGAAUUAAAAAAUAUUAAAGAAAAGAGAGAAAACAAAGUAAAAGAAUCCACACAGAAAGAAAAAGAAAUAAAGGAAGAAAAGGUAAAUGAAAUCAAAUCUGAAAAUAAAGAAAAAAAUAAAAAAGUUUCAUUGUUGGAUAUUCCAGUUCAUAUUACUGCAACUAGUGAACCAGUUCCUAUAUCUGAAGAAUCUGAAGAACUGGAUCAGAAGACAUUCAGUGUGUGCAAAGAAAGAAUGAGGCCUGUCAAAGCAGCAUUGAAACAACUGGAUAGACCAGAGAAAGGCCUUUCUGAAAGGGAACAGCUGGAGCAUACUAGACAGUGCUUAAUCAAAAUUGGGGACCACAUUACUGAAUGUCUAAAGGAGUACGCAAAUCCUGAACAAAUUAAACAGUGGAGAAAAAACUUGUGGAUUUUUGUCUCUAAGUUUACAGAAUUUGAUGCCAGAAAGCUGCACAAGCUAUAUAAACAUGCAAUCAAAAAACGCCAAGAAUCUCAGCAACACAGCGACCAGAAUAUUAGCAGCAAUGUGAAUGCACAUGUAAUUAGAAAUCCAGAUGUUGAAAGACUGAAAGAGAAUACAAACCAUGAUGACAGUAGCAGGGACAGUUAUUCUUCUGAUAGACAUUUGUCACAAUACCAUGAUCAUCAUAAGGACAGGCAUCAGGGGGAUGCAUAUAAGAAAAGUGACUCUAGGAAAAGGUCCUAUUCAGCCUUCAGCAAUGGAAAAGACCACAGAGACUGGGAUCACUAUAAACAAGACAGCAGAUACUAUAGUGAUAGUAAACAUAGAAAACUGGAUGACCACAGGAGCAGAGAUCACAGGUCAAACCUGGAAGGAAGUUUAAAAGACAGUCGGCCUCAUUCAGAUCACCGUUCCCAUUCAGACCACAGGAUCACAGACCACCGUUCCACUUCAGAGUACAGCCGUCAUAAAUCUUCCAGAGAUUAUAGGUACAACUCAGACUGGCAAAUGGACCACAGAGCUUCUGGUAGUGGCCCAAGGUCACCAUUAGAUCAGAGGUCUCCUUAUGGUUCAAGAUCUCCUUUAGGACACAGAUCUCCAUUUGAACACUCAUCAGAUCACAAAAGUACACCUGAACAUACAUGGAGUAGCCGGAAAACAUAA